GAAGCUGGCAAUAAACCACCUUUUGUGUAAAGAGCACACUGUCUACCUUAGCGGGCCUCUUCUCUAAUAUCUAAUUCAUCUAAGAUCCUUUCCCCUUUGCUUUUAACGCCUUUCAUACCUUUUUGCUAGCGAAGGUCCCAGCGAUAUCUACCUAGCAUGACCCCCCCUGCCGUUGUUUAUAAUACCGAUGAUGGGUGCUUUGACUGCAAUCCAUGCAGCGACAGUAUCCGAUUCAAAUCUGAUCAAUCCCAGAAAGAAACAACAAUUGCUGUUGCAAACAUCAUUUGUAUAGUUCCCAAAGAUAACUGCGGGGAAACAGUGUAUUCUCUGCUAUAUCUUCGGAAUGACGCGGAGGCAACCGGCAUCAAAGAUGAACGUCUGUUACUAGACAACAUCCUGCUAGCUACAGUACCUAAGCCGUUGGCAGAGCGCUACUUGUAUGCGCAGCUGCCGCCACACCUGUGUCCCUCCGGAUCUAGAAGGGGAAGCAUGGAUAUCAUCGUGUCUACGACGUCCGGAACAGGGACAGGAGCGAGCUUCUUUAACAAUAUUCUACGACCGCUACUGUCACAUCUCGGUGUAAACGAGUAUAAAACUCACGAGACUCAAUCGACACAAACUAUCACCGAACUCUGCAACGCAAAGUUUAUCCCUCGUGCCAGCGAAAGACUUCCGCAGACCAUUAUCCUUCUCUCGGGUGAUGGAGGCCUGACCGACAUGAUUGACGCCUUCCACAGUACUCUAGAUAGCCUCACUGUUCCCCCAACCAUUGCUCUCAUCCCGAUUGGAACGGGUAAUGCUAUGGCAAACUCGUUAGGGUUAUUGGCAUGUCCAGCAGCUGGGUUGGUAGCUUUGCUGCGCGGGACGCCAGCAAGCAUACCUACUUUUGCUGCCGAAUUUUCACCGGGGGCGCGAUAUAUCAUUGACGAGGGCCGCCAAAGAGUCCCCAUAUUACGCAUGAGCGAUGACGGACACCCCAGGGUUUACGGUGGCGUUGUUGCCAGCUGGGGUAUGCACGCUGCAUUGGUUGCCGACAGUGACACUCUGGAAUAUCGCAAAUUCGGGGCCGAUAGAUUCAAACUAGCUGCAAAAGAGAUACUUUAUCCUUCCGACGGUACAGAGCCUCACAAGUUUAGAGGCGCUGUCACUCUUUUCAAGAAAGACAACCAGACUCAGAGCAAGCAUGAAGAGCUCCUGAGGCGCAAAGAGCAUAUGUAUGUGCUAGCGAGUCUUGUCUCGAAUCUUGAAAAAGACUUCAUGAUUUCUCCUCUGUCCAGACCUUUGGAUGGCCGUCUUUGGAUGGUUCACUUUGGGCCAAUGUCACCAUCAAGUGUCAUGCAAGUAAUGACUUCUGCAUACCAAAGGGGCCAGCACGUAGGCAACGAGAGCAUCUCCUACGAGGAGAUCGAAGGAUUCCGGAUUGAACUUGGCGAAUUGGAUGAAAGAUGGAGGCGAAUCUGUAUCGAUGGUAAGAUCAUCAUUGUUGAAACCGGGGGUUGGGUGAAGGUACACAAAGAUCCUAAAAGACUCCUGAACAUCCUCCUGCUGCAAAAUUCCCCACACCAAUGCAAUAACUGAAGUCUUAUGACUUCCGGUUACUUCUGGUAGUACUAACGCAAUGAUGAGUGAUCAGCAGAGAGUAACUAAUUAGUCGGCUUGUUGGUUCAAUUAGGAAAUACACGGACGUGCGAUUUUUGAACAAAUUUAAGGCCAUAGUAUUAUCAUUAUGGUGGCAUAAAUCGCCCUUAAAAGAAUUAAUGGACCAUAUCUUUAGCUGCUGUCA